UUAUGUUUUACACUGAAAGCUUUUGUGUAUUGCAGCCACCUGCAUCAUUCUUUCCUCGUACAGUCCUUUUGACGAACUGAAGUGUUUUCAUUCUCCCUUAGUCAACGAGCUGCUUGGUUAGUUUAAGGUGGAUUAGGUGAGAUUGUGAACUCUUCUUAUUUGCAUCAAAACAGCGAUGCCAUAAUAGAUGGUUUAUUUUCCUGGUUGUGAUGCUUUACAAAUGAACUGAAACUUAUGCAUAUUAAGACAAAACCAACGACCACACUGAAUGCUGAGGGCUUGGCCAGAACACAUUUCACAAUGUGUUCCUCUUAUGUUGAUUUAAGGGCUGGCCUUCAUUUCUUACUGUAGGGUGUGUCUUUAUCUGACAACAAGUGUGCACCUUUCAGUUUGGCAUUGAACACCGAUCCUUUCGGAUGUUGUCAGUUUGCUCUUGGAUUAUGCCACACCAUGGAUACAUUACUCCCUUCACUCCUGAUUUUACUGUGGUCGAAAAGUUUCAUCAAUUGGGUGGUGGUCACAAUACAGAGACACUACAUGAUCCGGUCUUUCUCUGGAUUCUUCUGCAUUUCCUUGGCACUAACCGAUAGUUUUCUGAGUUUUAUCGUCACGGUUAUUUACUAUCUGGAAGACUUCAACAUCUCAGGCUGGCGCCUCACCAGGCAUCACGUAUGUCUCCUGGUCCAGAUUGCUUGUUUAGUCGGCGGCGUUCUCCACUGGCCGGUGUUUCUCCUCACGCUGUUGGAUAAUUUAUGGACACCAAGUUCAUCGCAGAAGACCUGGAUGCAAAAACUGACCUAUGGCGCAGGGGUGUGUCUCAUUUGGAUUCUAGCAACUUUGUAUGUCUUUUGGGUAGCAGAUGUUGUUUUAUUAUUAGGAGGUGACAAGCACCCCUGCCACGUAUUCAGUAGCUCUCAAAGUAUUCAGGUACUCAGUACUUUACUGUUGACUGUCACCUGUGUAGUAUUUUAUUCAUUUACUUCUCCUGAGAAAAAGAGAGUACAGGUGUUUCUGCAUUCCCCACAGAUCUGCAUGAUUUCUUCAAGGCAGAUUCUGUACACAUUCCUCAGCACGUGGGCACCUUUUAUCGUUCUCAUGAUCAUGUUUCCAUUUUUACAGACAGAGAUGAAUGCACUUCUGCAAAUGAAUACCGUUUGGUUGUGUUUUCUUAAUAGCUUCGCUAUGGCUAUGGCUUUGUGCAGUCGGCCCUUUGAAUUCAGCGAGACUUUAACAGAUGGAUUUUGUUCCUGGUCUUCAUGUUUUGUUUAUGGAACUGAAAAGCACAGCCACAUUCAAGUUCAAAUACUUAAUAACUGACCAGUAUAGACUUUUAAUGAAGAUAAAUGACCAGUCUGGGUUCAGUUCUUAUAAUCUAAUUUUGAGUUUAGGAGCAUGAAAGUUUGAUUUGACAUGAUCUUACUUGAGAAAAAUAUCAAGGUUAUAUUUUCAAAGAAAGUCUAUGUAAAUAUAUUCCUAUAUUUGUGCAUUGGUUGGUUCUUUAUACUUUUUUUUUUUUAAUAACUUUAUACUUUUCCAUUUCUUAUAUUAUUAAGUUUCAAUAUGUAAAUAUAAGGUAAAAUAUCAUCAGUAUUUUAGUGUAAAUUCUUUUUUUUGGCUUUGUGAACCCAUUAGUUCACAUGGAAAAACAGGAACAAGGAAGAAAGUUUACCAUCACCAUUAAAACUGGCAAUACGACUUCAUUUCACCAACCAAAGAAAAUGCUGCCAGUAUUUACCCAAGAACAACUUUGUAGUUUUAGCUUUGGUACAAUGCAUUACUUAAAUAAAUAUCGUUUUGUUCAACCCAACAAAAGGCAUAGUUGAUAAAUUACUCUUUUGAAACAUAAAUAGCAAACUAAUAUUGACAUUGUGUUGUAUAAGCAGAGCACAACUGGCCUCUCCAGUCGAGCCUAGUUUUUUAUUAUCAUUUUUGCUUCCUGCAACCAGUGCAAGACAAAUACAUGUAAAACCCAUCUACUCUCAUAGACAGACAUCUUUCACUUUAUCACUCACAACACAGUAAUGUUUAAACACUACAAAACCACAGCAUUACAAGAUUGUUGUUUUAUAACAGAUCAAGUAAACAAACUUUCGUACCAAAUGCAAUAAGUCUUUUAAAUAAGGGUUAGGAAAUAUAUAUUUUAAUGUAUGUUUUUUAAUAAUGUAUGUAAAUAUUUAUAUCAAUUUUAUUAUUGUGAAUGUUGUGUAUUGUU